AUCACCACAAUGGUUGCGAGGAAAAUGGUGGUCUCUUAAACGUAAUUAUCGCCAUUACCAGUCAAUGCCAUUUCAAGAAUUACUUGAACACCUGAAGACCAACCAUGUUGGAAAUGUUCGAGUGAAAAACCAGAUGAAAGUCUCUGCAGAAAUGGUAGCCAUGCCAGUAACUCUUCAAACAGGUGCUGAUGGUAGCUCCACCAGUGAAGCUCUACAGACAUAUGAAAUUCUCCAUCAAACCAGCUCUGGGGCUUUCCUGAUCACCCAGCCCAACACUAACCCCGCCAUUACCAUUAAUGGUUCUCCAGUCACUUCAGAUCACAUUAUUGUACACACCUUGCCAAACUCGACAGCUUUACAGGGGCAGGAGAAUCUGGCAGUACAGAUGAACCCAGUCAUACUCAACUCAGCCUCAGACAGUCUCAGUCUGGACUCGACAGAAAUCUCACUACAGAGUUCUACCACCGGUACUGACCAGGAUAUAACAGAACAGAUGAUAACAUCCACCCCGGAGAUGGACACACAGACAGAAAUUUCCUCCACACCAUUUGAACAUGAGACCAUUGCCUCCUCUGUGAUUGACGGGGACCAGGAGAACAGUCAGUCCCAGAUUGUGAUUUCCUCAGAGAAUGACCACGGGAACUACAAAUUAGUGAUGGUCACAACAGGGAAUGAUAAUAGUACAGAGUACAUGUUCUCACAGUCAGAUCCUAUGCUAACCUCAGGGGAGACUGACCUGAUUGUAAACCCCUCAGACGUGGAUUCUGACAAAGUUCAAGGCCAAGUCAGCCUGGAUAUUUCUAGUCCCGACAUCACAGCCACCUCUUCGUAAAUGCAGCAGAUUUUUAAAUCAAUCUUCAUAAUCUUAAAAUUGUCGGUUAUCUCUUCAAGAACUUUUCCCUUUUUUUGCUAAUUGUUAUAUAUAAGGGAUGCAUCAUUUUACUUUAUAAAAAGUAUUAUUAUUUUGAGCACAAAGUUGAGAAAUGUUAUCACACAAAAGUUGUUUAUUAUUUGAUUCACAUACAAGGGAUGAAUAACUUUUUUCUGAUUACUGUUAAAUCACAAAUUUUCGUGGGGGGUUAAUUUUCGUUGUUUUCGAGGUAUGACGUGACCCACAAAUUCAUGUUCACCACGAAAUGUAAAAUGUUACAUACAUAAGUAGUCAUUAAUUCUUGAUCCACAAAAUCAAAUCCCCACAAACCAAGAGAUUUUACUCAAACCACGAAAAUUUGACCCCACGAAAAUAUGUGAUUUUACAGUAUAUAGUUGAAUUUCUGUAAUUCAAAUACCAUGGAUAUGUCUUCCCACCCCAGUUUUUUACGCCUGAUAUCUCGAAUCUUUGGAUAUCUCAGAGUUUUUUAUUUAAUCCCAUCUAGUUUGAGAUAAUGAGAUUUUACUAUAUAAAGAAAUUAUACUAUUAGUUUAACAUUACUUUUUCAUUUCAUUUUGGACAAAUUCUUUUUUUUAAAGAAAUUUUAUUUAAAGUUUAAUUUCCAAAUAAAUAACUAAAGAUUUGUUAGUAUGUCUUAAUACUUUUGUCAGGACAAGUUUUGCCAAUUUUUUUUUUUACAUGUUAAUAGACCUUAUGAUAUUAUCCAUUCUAGGCCAUUUUAAAAGAAGUAUUUCAUUGAAAACUUCACAGUCAAAAUAUUAUGGAACCUUAAAAUUUUCUGAGACCAAACAAUUCAGAUAAACUUUGCAUGAUUUCCCACAAACUCUUACAAGGGGGAUAACUUCUGAUCAAUAAAUAUCUAUUUGGAAUAAAUAUUGAUAUAUUUCCAUUUCUAUUUUUUUCUCUGUGAUAACUCUUUGAAAGUUAGUGGAGUUUAUUUCUUGAUAAUUCUACCGAAAUGUAAAUUAGGCAAAUCGAUAGGUCAGGGGCUAAGGACGCCAUAUAUGCAUGUGAAUCUCGCGCUUGUCUGUCUUUGUGCCUGAUGCUAAGGAGGCCAAAUAUGCAUGAAAAUCUCAUGCAGCUGUCUUUGUGUUUGACAUCAGUGGGCGAGGACUAUCGAAAUUGACAAUCUAAAUCUACAAUUUUAUUUCACAAUGAAAUGGAAAUAUAAGGAAUCACUGUCUAGUUAGGAGACUAUGCCAGGGACAUCAACAAUAGUGGGAAACAUGGGAUAAUUUAUGCGUUAUGCAAUUAUUCCAUGUUUCCUACUAUUGUUGAUGCCCUGGCAUACUAUACUAACUAGACAGUGAUUCCUUAAGUAUUGUACGGUUUAAUUAAAGGUCUGCUAAGUUUGAGCAGGCUUUUGAAAACUACCUAUCUUUUGAAAAAUUGUUCAGAUUUCUUACUCUGUACCACAGCUUUAAGUUUGCAGUUCUUAUAAUUCCAAAGAUAGCACUCAAAGUAUAAUUAUUUGAACAUUUCAUUUGUCAAGUUUCUUACAGGUCAAUACUUUUUUUGUGAAUUCAUGAUCAUCCUAUUUCUUUGUAUCUGUUCCCUGUUUAAUAUUACAUGUAUCCUGUUAUUGUUUUUGAAUAUUUCCUUUCUAUAUAAGAUAUUAAA